AUGGAUGGGAUUCAGGUGCAUCUGCAUGAAAAAGAACUGUGGGCCAAAUUCCAUUCAGUCACGACAGAAAUGAUCAUCACAAAAGCAGGACGACGAAUGUUUCCCAGCUACAAGAUAAGAGUGACUGGCCUCAACCCCAAAGCAAAAUACAUUUUCCUGAUGGAUAUCAUACCAGUCGACAACAAUCGCUACAAGUUUGCAGACAACCAGUGGUCAGUGAGUGGCAAGGCGGAGGCGGCUAUCCUGGGUCGGCUGUACGUCCACCCAGACUCCCCCGCCCCGGGCAUCCUCUGGAUGAGGCAGCUCGUCUCCUUCCACAAGCUCAAACUCACCAACAACCACCUCGACCCCUUUGGCCAUAUCAUUUUAAAUUCCAUGCACAAGUAUCAGCCUCGACUGCACAUCAUCAGGGCAGAUGAGAAGAGCGGCUUCGGGUCACCCAACACCUCCUUCUUCACACACUCUUUCCCAGAGACGGCCUUCAUCGCUGUAACAUCUUACCAGAAUCAUGCCAUCACCCAACUAAAGAUUGAGAAUAACCCAUUUGCGAAGGGUUUCCGUGGCAAUGAGGACCUGGAUCUGCGUCGCUUGUCCCAGAUGCCAAGUAAGGAGUACGUCCUGGUUCCCCAAAACACCACCAGGCCCAGAGUGAUGCCUGCUGCUCAGCCUCCAAGAGGGCUUCCUUUCCCCACAUCCUGCAUGGCUGGCAGAGAGGCCAAAGGAAAAGGUGACCCGUCAUGUGUGAACACAGACACACACCUGAGCUGUGCUGGCAUGCUGCCCCACCCAGAGCACCGUGGGAACAUCGGUCCCUUCGUGUCCUCCAGUGUCCUCUACACCACAGAGCCGGCAGCAGCAGCAGCAACAUCAGCAGCAGCAGCUUCCGGUCUGCAGCCCUGCUUGUAUUUCGGCUCCGCUGGGGACACGGAGGGGACGCACGUCUCCCACUGGCCCUUCCACCAAGACUGUCUUCCGCAAGCCCCCUUCUGCACUGGCCAGAGGGUUAGUGGCAACCCCAGCUACACGUCAGACUGUCUGGGACUCUAA